AUGGGGAUCAUUGAUGAUUAUACCCCUAAUAAAGAGAAUACUGCUGUGGCAAACUGGGCUCUCAACCAUGACAAUGGUGUCAAGCCACUGAAAAGAAGUUGCUCAUUGCCACUCCUCAAUGAAAAGUUAGUGUAUAAUGAAAAUACUGUUAGCUUCAAAGAGGGACAGACCCUAACCCCCAGCACUGAGCAACCUGCUUUUUCAAAGUCAUUAGAUACAGGUAAUUCAAGUGAAGAAUUAAAUCAGGCAACAAAGGCUAUUGAAAGUAUGAAUAUAAAGGACCCAAUUAUCAAACCAUCACUUAAGACACAGAAAUCAAAACAUAAAGAUCCAUACCGAGGUUUGGGCAAUCUAGGUGGAACCUGCUAUUUGAAUGCAACAUUGCAGGUGCUCUUCAUGACUAAAGAUUUCAGAGAUGCAGUUCUGGGAACGCCUAUGGACAAGAAUGUUGGAUUAGUGUCAGCAUUAAAGAAACUAUUUGAAGAGCUCACCACCCAAAACUCUAAUGCUCAGAGUGUCUCAACUUGGGAAAUAAUCAAGUGUCUCAGAAUACAGAAUGUGAAUAUGCAGCAAGAUGCAGUGGAACACUUCCUAGACAUCCUAGAGAAAAUAGGCCCAGAUUUGUCAAAGGUUUUUAGAGGCACUAUGAGAAACAGUACAAAAUGUUCAGAAAAUCAUGAGUCCCAUGAUGAGAGCCCAUUCAAGUCACUGCAGAUUCCUGUCCUCAACAGCGAUGGAAUGUUCAUACUCGAAGAUGGACUUGAAUUAUAUUUUAAGCCUACAGCACUAGUCAAAGAUGACCAGAUGUACUGUGACAGUUGUGACAAGAAAAGUGAUACAUAUUGGAGUUGUAAAAUACAGGAGUAUCCACCAAUACUGUCUCUGCACCUCAAAAGGUUCACAUUUAACUAUAGAUAUGGAGCAUUUCUGAAAAAUGAUUGCCCUAUGGAUGUGCCGCUUAAUUUACGUGUUCAGGAAUGUGAUUAUACCCUCUACGCUGUGAUCAACCACAUGGGUGGGUCUGGUGGUGGACACUACAAUGCUGUCAUUAGAUCUUUUACAGAUAAAAAGUGGUACUGUUUUAAUGACAGCUGUGUUACAGAGACAGAUGAGAGCAAAAUGAAAGGGUCUAGAGACGCAUACUUGCUCUUGUACCAGCAAACUUUGUCAAAUACACUGUUGGAAGACGAGACAGAAGGGGACAUAAUGAAAGCUGUUGAACCAGAAAAAACUAUGAAAGCAAGCUGUUCGGAGGAGGGGGGAAGGCCAGAAGCAAAAUGGCCUAAACCUUCAGGUAAGUCAGCAGAUACAAAGGAGAAACCUAAUACCAUCAAAGCUAAAAUGCCAGUGGCUGCAACAGCAGCACCAACUACUGCAUCUACAACUAAUGGUGCUGCUACUUCAGAAAAAACUCCCAAUUUUGGCACUGCUGAUGCUCAGGAAAACACAACAACAGUUCCAAUCUCUGUCACAACAAACAAAUCUGCAUCUACUGGUUUUGAUAUUGACACAGCUGAAGGAGAGAGAGAUACUGUCUACUACCGCAAUACAAGUGAUAGUGAAGAUAAGUUAGACACUGACAGUGGCACAGCUGCAAAUGGUACUGUUAAUAACAUUGCUGGAAAUACAGCAGAUCCCAAUAAUGUCACAGUUGAUAUGUCUGCUAAUGCUGAAACAACUACUCCAGCAGAAAUGAACACCCACAAUGCUACCCAAACUAGUAAUGAAGCUGUGAUGGUGACUCCUGAGGCUAUGUCUGUAAAAACAGAGCUUGAAGUUGCAUCCUCAUGUCCCACAAGAGAUCCUGCUGUUUCAGUAGAAUCAGUGAAAGCAGAGCUUAAAAUGGCUUCCUCUGUUCCUAAAAGGGAUGUUGAGUUCAAGCCAUUAAUGGAGGUUGUUGUUUCAACUGCUUGCAAUGAACAAACCUCAAUGGAGGUAAUGGAGACUCAGAGGUCAGAAGUACCUACAAGGGGCACUGUUGUCAUAGAGGGCAGUUGUACAUCACAGGAGAUCAAGAUUGAGAAUGAGGACCAAAUGAUUAACUUUCAACCAGCUGAACCUUUUGAGACCAAUAUUAACCAUCGAUCUAGUGAUCAAACCCAUCCAGCUGAGAAGGACGAUCCUGCAACCAUUGCAUCUGACUCUAUUCCUACCUCAGAUCCUGCCUCUGACCUACCCUCUUCUUCAUAUCAAACUGUCAGUAAUUCAGCUGUCCAAGUUACACCUGCCUCAAACAGACCCCAAACAGUGUCUCAGCCCUUUGAUGACAAGACUCUGGACUUUCCUCCAGCCCUUGAAUUACCUGCUCAUCAAAAAAUGCUGAAGAGAAAUGUAGAGAGAUGUGCUGCAGAGAAAACCACUAAACAGGUUCCAUCAAGCUCAAAGAAGCCACCUUCAUCAGAUGAAUCAAAUAAAUCUGCUGAAGUGGUCAAGAAAACCACCCAAUCUGAGAGCAAAAGUGUGACAUUUGAGAAAGAGAAAAAGCCUCAGAACUCCAGCACUGGAAGCUCCCAAGAGAAGGAGGCAGUUUCUCGGCACAGGAGCAUAAAGAAUUCUGAAGAUUUCCCUUCAACCAGGUAUUCCACCCCAUCCUCAGGAUCAUCCUCCCAGACAAGCAGAUGUGAAUUUAGUCCCCCAUCAAAGAGAUCGAGGGGGCAUGAUGAUGAACACAGGUCAUAGCAAAUGCUCACAGCCCUCAAGAAAUCACUCAAAAAAUGAGGACAAUGGAAAAGGCAAAAGAAGAAGAGAAGAAAUUAUCUGAGGAACUGUUUGCCUUUAACAUUGAUUAGUUUGUGAUGGUUGACCAAGUAGGGGAUGAUGCAGAGCAGUGUUGUAUAAAGAACCCAAUUGCCACACUUAUGUAAAUGUAAGGAUACCUUUAUUAAAAAUUGACUCAAGUAAAAUUUUAAGUAGCUCAUGAGAAAAAAUACUUAAUAAAAAGCAUCAAAGUGAUGGAUAUUACAUGUACUUAAGUAUCAAAAGUACAAGUAAAUGGUAUAAAUAAUGGCACAGCUAAUUACACCCAUUGCAGCCUGGUUGAGUGGCGUUGUGGGAGUCUAUGUAAGGA